UGUGAGGAGGCGACCACAGGAAGUAGGCGUCAGUGUGAGGAGGCGACCACAGGAAGUAGACGUUCAUGUAGAAGCAGCACGUCGGAGACGUUGCCAGUUGAGAGCGUGAAACCAGGAGAGAAACAAGAUGGCUGAACUCAGACGGAUUGUAACGUCUUCAUUCCUGAUGCUGCAGGUGUUGAGCUCUACAGCAUCUGUGAAAUAUUCCUUCUUCACCGUCAGAGCUGGAGAUGAAGUCACUUUGCUUUGUGGGAACGUGACACCUGAUCAGGAUGAGUUUAACAGGAUUACUUGGCUCUUCACUGGUUCAAGAAAGGCAGAAAUACUGUUUGAAUAUGGGAAGAUUCAUAAAGAAGCAUAUAAGCAAUAUAAAUCAGACAGACUGAGUGUUUCAGAGAAAUGUUCUCUGGUCAUAAAGAAGGUCUCAGAUGAAGAUGGAGGUCGUUACAUCUGCAGAGAGUUCAGAACAGGAACACAAGAAUAUCAAGAUGCUGUGGUUCAUCUCUCUGUCGUCACCAUGACUGAGCAGAAGAACCCUGAUGAGGUCACGUUUAUCUGCUCUGUGGUGUCAUACAGUGACAUAUGUAUACACAGAGUGAAGUGGAUGAAUGAGGGCAAAGAGAACGAUGUGGUGACAUCACAGCGUCCAUGUUCAGCCUGGUUGACGAUUAAGAAAUCUCACGUUGAUCAGAAGUCUUAUGAGUUAUUGAAAUGUGAAGUGACUGAUGGUUACAGUGGAAGAGUGCAUCAGUUCCCCUUCCUUCGUCCUCCGUCCUCAGAUGACGCUGAAGCAAAGACGACCACAAAAUCAACAACAACAACAACUCUUUCAGCAGCGACAACGACAAACAAACCAGAAGUGACGAACAACAAAACAUCAGAAAACGGCUCGAAUGGCGAAUAUGGAGGCUGGAGGCGGAGCCUCGUCUUUGGGUCUGUGGCCGCUGCCUCUCUCUUGAUCAUCGUGGUGUCGGUGCUCAUGUGCAAGAGAACUAAAGGGAAAAAGACAAAGACCGAUGGCGACGUGGCGGAUUCUGGCGAAGGUGUUUCCUACGCCUCCGUCAGCUACACCAAGAACACCGGCGGCGGAGCCCAGGCUGGCAGUCGGCGUGAUGAUGAUGAAGAUGAUGAAGGCCACUCAGUGACCUACAGCACCGUGAAGCCUCGCUUCUCUUCUGCCGCAGCCUCGGUUGACCCCGGCGACCUCUACGCCUCCGUCUACAAGCCAAACAAAUGUCGCGUGACAGAUUAAGAAUGUUAAGCCGAAGCUUAAUAAUGUAAUAAUGUUUCAUAUAAUUAUGAAAACGUGAUAAUCUUGCUUUGCGGAAACAUUUUGGAUGAACACGCGUUCUUUGCACUGCGUCCCUGCUCGGACAGAACCAAGGUUUUCAUGUAUGUUGUUACAUUUAAGUUACAUUUAUUGUUACAUUUUGAUUGUGUUGUGAAGUUUUAAGCUUUUAGGAACAAAAAUGUGUUUUUCUUGUGUGGUUUUAACAGCUUUUGAGUACAAUGUUUUAUUUUGUGAUUUCAUUUUUAUUGUCAAAUACAAACUGUCUUGCUCAGUUUUCAUAUAUAUUCAUAUAUAUAUAUUUUUUUACAAAUAUACAUUACAAUAAAAUAAAAU